AUGCCUGAAAUGGAGACAAAAGGCGGCGACCUAGCCAUCAUAGUAAUCACGUCUAUGAUCUUCGCGAUCUUCGUCGUGGGUUUGGCUUCGGUUUGCUAUCGCUGGAGCUCUCGCCAAUUUUACUUACCAGAGCAUUCCUUAAACCAGUUCACAGACUCCGACGAUGAAUUCCGCACGGCGAGAAGGACGAGGAGGAAUACGGCGACGCGUGGGAUCGACGCGGCUAUCGUGAAAUCGUUCCCGACGUUUCUCUACUCGGAGGUGAAGGAGCGGAGGAUCGGGAAAGGCGGGGUCGAGUGUGCGGUGUGUCUCUGUGAGUUCGAAGACGACGAAACGCUGCGUCUGAUGCCUCAUUGUUAUCACGUGUUUCACGCUGAUUGCGUGAAUGUCUGGCUCUCAGAUCACUCCACGUGUCCGCUCUGUCGGAUGGAUCUUAUCUUCCAAUCGGUUGAAGGAAGCGACUUGGUUUCGGAUUCGGAUCCGGAUCCUGAACAAAGAGUUCCAGGUUCUAACGCGUAUUUGCUUAACGGCGUGACGUGGAGCAAUAGGAAUAAACCAUGUCGGUCAAAGUCAACCAGAUUGUCCCACUGCCGAGUCUCGGAAAUAAUAUUAUUCUCGAGAUCGCAUUCGACCGGACAUGAUGUGGUUCAACCGGUAGAAAAUAUCGACCGGUUUACACUCCGAUUACCAGAAGAUGUACGGAAGAAACUGACGAAGAAUACGGUGGGCCACGUGGCGCAAACUCAGGUGAGAAGCUCGUGGCGCGGUUACAGAAGCAGAAGCCUCGGAGGCGAGAGGACCGUCUUCUCGGACAAAGAGAAUAAUUAUAACAAUCGAAGGAUGCAUUCGAUGACUUUCUCCUUCUCCGGUUGUGUCGAGUCCACCUCCGGUGAGGGAGAUACGGUGGCUCCGCCGAAGAGUCUUCCGAAAUCGGUCGAUUCCAGCAAACGAUCGAUUCAAUUACUCCAGCCAGACGAUCGAGUGUAA